AUGAAGAGAAUCCAGGCUUUAUUACGAGAUUUGCAUAAAUUUGCAUGUGAAAGCCGGGCGCUCACCUCUGGCGAUUUCCACGGGAUAUUUGAUUCCGAAACUGAUUCCCGAUCCGUUUUCCAAACCCGAUUCCCAAGACCCAUUCCCAAGACCCAUUCCCAAGACCGAUUCUCAAAACCCGAUUCCCAAGACCAUUCCCAAGACCGAUUCCCAAAACCCGAUUCCCAAGACCCAUUCCAAAACCCCAUUCCCAAAACCCAUCUCAAAAACCCCCAUUUCCCAAAACCAUUCCCAAACCGAUUUCAAAACCCGAUUUCCCCAAAACCUUCCAAGACGAUUCUCAAAACCCCAUUCCCAAGACCGAUUCCCAAAACCCGAUUCCCAAGACCCGAUUCUCCCAAAACCCGAUUCCCAAGACCGAUUCCCAAGACCCGAUUCCCAAGACCCGGUUCCCAAAACCGAUUCUCAAAACCCGAUUCCCAAGACCCAUUCCCAAGACCGAUUCUCAAAACCCGAUUCCCAAAACCCGAUUCCCAAGACCGAUUCUCAAAACCCGAUGCCCAAAAACCGAUUCCCAAGACCCAUUCCCAAGACCGAUUCCCAAAACCCGAUUCCCAAGGGCCCAUUCCAAGACCGAUUUCAAAUCCCGAUUCCCAAGACCGAUUCCCCAAAAACCCCAUUCCCAAGACCCAUUCUCAAAACCCGAUUCCCAAAAACCGAUUCUCAAACCCGAUUCCCAGACCCAUUCCCCAAGACCGAUUCUCAAAACCUGAUUCCCAAAACCCGAUUCCCAAGACCGAUUCCCAAAACCCGAUUCCCAAACCCCAUUCCAAGACCGAUUUCCCCAAAACCGAUUCCCAAGACCGAUUCCCAAAACCCGAUUCCCAAAACCCGAUUCCCCAAAACCCUUCCCAUGACCGAUUCUCAAAAACCCCAUUCCCAAGACCCAUUCCCCAAGACCGAUUCCCCAAAAAACCCCAUUCCCAAGACCGAUUCUCAAAACCCGAUUCCCAAGACCCAUUUCCCCAAGGGCCGAUCUCAAAACCCGUUCCCAAGAAACCCCUUCCCAAGCCGAUUCUCAAAAACCCGAUUCCCAAGACCGAUUCUCAAAACCGAUUCCCAGACCGAUUCUCAAAACCCCAUUCCAAGACCCAUUCCCAAGACCGAUUCCAAAACCCGAUUCCCAGACCGAUUCUCAAAAACCCCAUUCCCAAGACCCAUUCUCAAAACCCGAUUUCCAAGACCCUUCCAGACCGAUUCUUUAAAAACCCGAUUCCAAGACCCCCUUCCCAGACCGAUUCUCAAAACCCGAUUCCCAAGACCGAUUCUCCAAAACCCGAUUCCCAAGACCCGAUUCCCAAGACCGAUUCCCAAAACCCGAUUCCAAGACCCAUUCCCAAGACCGAUUCUCAAAACCCGAUUCCCAAGACCGAUUCUCAAAACCCGAUUCCCAAGACCGAUUCUCAAAACCCGAUUCCCAAGACCGAUUCUCAAAACCCGAUUCCCAAGACCGAUUCUCAAAACCCGAUUCCCAAGACCGAUUCCCAAAACCGAUUCUCAAAACCCGAUUCCCAAGACCGAUUCUCAAAACCCGAUUCCCAAGACCGAUUCUCAAAACCCGAUUCCCAAAACCGAUCGCCUUGA